GCAGCGUGCGGAGCCUCCCUGGCUGCCCGUGCAUCUAGGGGUUGCUGGGACCUGGCAGCCACUUCCUGGGAGCCGCAGGUUCCCCUGCAGGCUGUAAUAAUGAUCUCUGUGCUAUUUCCGCUGCUCUUUGGAUAUGUCCUUUCACUGCCAGACUGCCCGCAGAAGUGUUUAUGCACCCCUUCUCUAAUGGAUUGCCGCCGUGCCAAUUUAUAUGAAGUUCCACAUGGUAUCGCUCAAAAAACAGAAACAUUGAUCUUGAACGACAACCAUUUAACCCUCAUUUCUCCAGGAGUGUUUCAGCACCUUCUCAAUCUCACAUUCCUUGGUUUAGCCAACAACAAGCUGUCACUUCAGAAUGACUCGUUUGACAAUAUCGGCAAGAGCGUCCUCUCUCUGGAUCUCUCUGGGAACAAUUUCACAGACUUGCCAUCAAACUUGUUCAGGAACACAAAGAAACUGGUUUGGUUAAACUUAGCUGAAAACAGAUUGGGUCUUCUGGACAGUACAAUUUUCAGCUCCCUAGAAAAACUCACCUAUCUCGACCUCUCUAAUAACAGGCUGAAGAUGUUUGCACCCAUGUUUGUGGGGCUUUCCAAGCUUGAUACCUUAAUGCUGGCCAGUAACCAUCUCUCCACCAUACCACAAGGAGUUUUUGAUCCCAUUCCUAACCUUAAGAUCCUUGUUCUGUCCCACAAUGAAAUAAACCAUUUGCCUGAGGGUUUGUUUGACAACCUGAAGAGUCUUAAUGACUUGCUGCUAGAUUAUAAUAAUUUUACUGAGAUAUCACAUGCUAUAUUCACAACCCUCCACAACCUAGAACAUUUUUCAAUUUCUAAAAAUAGAAUCCAAAAUAUUCCACCUCUCUUGUUUGCUGGCAGGUAUACCUUACGGAAACUUGACUUGUCUAGUAAUUUACUCUCAGAGCUGCCUUCGGACUUCCCUUCAGGGUUGGAGCAGCUGGAAGUUCUUAAUUUAUCUGCAAAUUGUAUUGGUAAUGUUCCCAAAGAUCUAUUCGUAAAUAAUACUAAGCUAGAGUUUCUGCAUUUGGACAAAACUUGUCUCCAGACUCCACCCAUUUUUUCAGGCCUUCAAAAUCUGAUUGAAUUAACUGUAUGCUGUAAUGGCAUAAAAAUCUUACCAAAAACAUUCACUGACAAUAUGGCUAAUUUGGAACUAUUGGAUCUCUCCCUGAACAAUAUAAGAGAAAUAGAGGAUGAUGCAUUUAAGAUGAACCAUAAUAUCACAAAAGUAAUUUUGAUUGGGAAUCCAGUUUGCACAACUGAACAAUUGAUGCAUUACUCUUUUAAAGGACUAGACUGUAGCAGUAAAAAUUAA